CAUAUAUUAGACAGAGAAUUCAUUGUUAGCGGGAAAGGAAGAUGUAAUUUUUGCGAGAAUCACUUUGUGAUCUAGCCAUGGCUAGUCAAGAAUCUGAUGAGCCACUUUUCAAGGAUGUCACGUACUAUAUAGUAGGUGACAUAGACUCAGAGGUCAUAGAUUUACUCAAUGAUGGAGGUGCUAAAAAGGACUCGUACCUUAGUGAGAUGGUUAGCCAUGUCAUUGCAGAUGACUGUACCCAGAGUGAAUAUUCCGAGGCUAAAGAAUUGUUUGAGCUUCCAGUGGUGACAAGUGACUGGGUCAGGUUGUCUGUUACAUGCAAGAAACAACUUGACUUGACGUUGUUUAGUCCAGACGAGGUGAUCUUUAGUGGAGUGAUAGCUUGUUGUUCUCAGUUGAAACCAGACGAUACUAACGCUCUUUGGGCGAUGUUAACAGCCAAAGGAGGAAGAUGUCGACAGACCUUGGAUAAACAAUGCACUCACCUCAUUACUGGAGACAAACACGGGGCUAAAUAUGAAGAAGCAAUUAAACAUGGAGGAGCCAUUAAAAUCGUAUGUCCAGACUGGGUAACAGAUUCUUUGGAAAAGAAGGAACGACAAGAUGAAGCACUCUAUCACCCUAAUCUGCUAAAAUCUCCCACGGACUCAGCAACCCCUCCCUCUACUCCCCCUCCCACCGUCAGGUCCUCCCCCUCAGAGCCAACUCCUAUGGAUAUUGAACAGCAAGAAGAGCAUGCCAAGCAACAGGCGAAACUGAAGUUAAAGGCUCAGGCAUUGCAACAGCAUGGGAGGAUUCAUCAGAAACAGGAAGUGGCCGUCAGUCGUACGCCAGCCAAUCAGGUGAUUGCUCAGCAGCUAGCUGCCGCUGUUUUAGAGAAGAGACUAGCCGUUGAAGAAGGAAGUCACAAGGCCCGAACCUCCGCGUCCCCGGUCACUGCUAAUGCUAAACAAGCUCUGGCCCUAAUGGUCAGCAGUCGUCUACAGGGAACACGACCGAGGCAGAAAUCCCCUGGCCGACCACCCCAGUCUCACAUGUCAAGAUCCCCUGCAGCUAUGCCACCUAUUCCCCACAUGCAGAUACCACCCUUAGGACUGCCGUCGUUUCUGCCACCAGAAAUGCAGCGUAUGGGCAUGCAAAGACCCCUUAGGAACAUCACAAAUAAAGCAGACCAACCCCAAAGUAUCCCGGGAAUGAUGCUUAGCCCAAACAAGAUGAACCAAAGGAUGCCAUUUAAUGCUGCCAUUCCCCCCGGACACAGACCUCCCCCACCUCGUUAUGUUCCUCCUCCUAUGGGUCAGUCCCGCCCACCAAUAUCGAUGCCAACUACAUACUGGGGUCAUGAUCCUUCAGAUAAUUUGCCACCAGAAAUGUGCCUGUUAGGGUGUGUGUUUUACAUCACAGACUACUUGAAGAUUGUUGGUCAACCACAAAUUGAUAACUGGAAGAAGGUGAUCGAACAACAUGGCGGCCAAGUAGACCCAGCGUACUCUAACCGUGUCACUCACCUGCUGUGUGCGACGCAACACACGGAUGUCUUCCAUAUAGCUCUGAAGGACCAGCGAAGAGUUGUGACGGCUUUCUGGUUGAAUGAUGUUCUGGUGAAGAAGAAAAUGCUGCCUCCGUGGCAAGCUCUCCAUCUCCCUAUUAUAUACGGAGAGACUAAACCCUGUAACAAUCAGAUUUUGUGUGUAACAAACUUUGACGGAGAGGAACGCCUGAGAAUUAAACAGAUGAUCAAUGCUAUCGGAGCCAAAUACACCGGCUACAUGACUCACGGGAAUUCAGCUAUCAUCUGUGGCAGGUCAGAUGGAAAGAAAUAUGAUAAAGCCAAUGAGUGGAAAAUUCCAGUGGUAAACGUUCAGUGGUUAAGUGACCUAGUUUUAGGACAUCUGGAAGCUCUCAAGUUGCCUGUCAGCCCUAAGUAUCGCUUUCUUGGGCACGAGAACCAGUUUAAUCUAGAUCUGUCAAAAGUGCUCCAUUUAAUGGUUGGAUGGCAGGUUCCCCUGAAAAUUCAAAAGGAGACUUGGAAGAAAUUUAUGCCAAAUCAAAAAGCCAGACAAGCCCAACAAAGUCAAGAGAACGAACUGCACAAGGACAUCAGCGAGCCAGCAGUGAAGAAACAGAAAUUGAGUAUAGAGGAUCCUACCAUUUUGCAGAACGCAACACAACCUGUGAUUAUUUUCACUGGAUUUCCCAAGGGUCAAGUGAAAAAGUUUCAAAUGAUUGUGAGUCAGCUCGGAGGAUUAUCUACAGAGAACCCCAGACUGUGUACACAUCUUGUAGCCCCCUCAUUAUCCAGAACCAUGAAGUUCUUCAUCGCCAUCAAUGUGUGUCAACAUAUCGUCACCCAGGAGUGGAUAGAGGCCUGUAUGGCCCAAGGGACCUUUGUUGAUGAGACACCAUACAAAUUGAGAGAUGCAGCGACAGAGAAAGCUAUGGGAUGUGUUUUAGAUGACUCGUUGAUGCGGGCUCAAACGAAAAAGCUCUUUGAGGGAAUGUCCUUUUACAUAUCUCCGAGUGUUUCGCCACCAUUGUCAGAUCUGAAAAAAAUCGUAGAGGCAGCUGGAGGAAAGGUGUUGAAACAGCGACCAAACUUGCUGACAUUCACAGAGCAUAAAGAUGAAAACGGAAACAUGAAGACAGUGAUGAUCACCUGUGAAAAUGAUGUCAUGUUGUAUAAAGACCUGAUAGCUAAAGAUAUUGCAAUCUACAAUGCUGAGUUCAUUUUGACUGGUGUGAUGAGGCAGACUGUGGACUUCAAAGUAUUUCAGAUAGAUGUUCACUGAUAAUUGAUGUUCACUGAUGGUGGAAGGCAUUUGGUGAAAUCCAUGGAUGUGGUCUCAAUCCGGGAGAGUUUAUGUGUUCUAUGUUCCUUGUAAGAAAACAACGAACUUGGGUGGUACAUGAGCAAGGCAGCAAAAAGUGAUCAUCCCAGAUUUUUAGUUAUAAUUUUGUGUGUGGUGUUGGACGAUAUUGUUUGUUCGGAAUACAGGUCGACAGUUGGUGAAUGAGUUAAGGAGUUUUCACAUUAUACACAUAGUAAACUGCAGUAUCCAGCAGCAAUCAAUGGGAUACAAAUGCUUUGAUCAAUAUGACAUGUAGAGAGUUUCUAGUGCUGUGUUAUAUAAAAUGCUUACUUGAAAUUUUAUCAUAGACUAAGUUUCUGUUGUGAUGCAUGCCAGUUUUUUGACAAUUGAGCAUUAAAUGUGUUUCUUU